AUGAAGAAAUAAUUGACUUCUAUGACUUCAUGUCCCCUCGUCCUGAAGAAGCGGCUAUGAGAAGAGAAGUGGUGAAAAGAAUAGAAACAGUUAUCAAAGAUCUUUGGCCUACAGCUGAUGUCCAGAUAUUUGGCAGCUUUAGUACAGGGCUUUAUCUUCCAACUAGUGAUAUUGAUCUAGUUGUUUUUGGGAAAUGGGAAAGGCCCCCUUUACAGCUGCUGGAGCAAGCACUGAGAAAACACAAUGUGGCUGAGCCAUAUUCCAUUAAAGUACUUGAUAAAGCUACGGUACCAAUUAUAAAACUGACUGACCAGGAGACAGAAGUGAAAGUUGACAUCAGUUUUAAUGUAGAAACUGGUGUGAAGGCAGCUCGAUUUAUCAAGGAAUACAUGAAGAAAUAUUCUUUGCUGCCUUACCUGAUUUUAGUAUUAAAACAGUUCCUCCUUCAGAGGGAUUUGAAUGAAGUUUUUACUGGUGGAAUUAGCUCUUACAGCCUAAUUUUAAUGGCAAUUAGUUUCUUGCAGCUGCAUCCAAGAAUUGAUGCCAGAAGAGCUGAUGAAAACCUUGGAAUGCUUCUGAUAGAAUUCUUUGAACUCUAUGGAAGGAAUUUUAACUACUUGAAAACUGGUAUUAGAAUAAAAAAUGGAGGUGCCUAUAUUGCCAAAGAAGAAAUCAUGAAAGUCAUGACUAAUGGAUACAGACCAUCCAUGCUAUGUAUUGAAGAUCCUCUCCUGCCUGGAAACGACGUUGGCAGAAGUUCUUACGGUGCCAUGCAAGUGAAACAAGUUUUUGAUUAUGCCUACAUUGUUCUUAGCCAUGCAGUAUCACCACUUGCAAGAUCAUAUCCAAAUAGAGAUUCUGAGAGCACGUUAGGUAGAAUCAUCAAAGUGACCCAAGAAGUGAUUGACUACAGGGCCUGGAUUAAAAAGAAGUGGGGGAGCAAAAUUACUUUGUCACCUGAACUUGAUAAUAGGUUGAAAAUAAGAGACCAGAUAGCUCCGUGCAAUGGAGAACAGCAACAGAACAGAGACUCUGAACCAUCUUACAACCAACGCUUGGCUUUGUCAUUGGCUGGCACACAACAGUUAUCCUCUGGCUCAUCUGCCUCUUCUGUAUCAUCACUCUCCGGCAGUGACAUUCAGCACAAUGGGAUGAAAUUUUCCAUGAAAGGAACUCAUAACCAAGGCAACAGCUACAGCCCUGUCAGCGGUGGAGGCAUGAGGCAACCGGUUGGUAACCGAGGACACCAUCAGUACAAUCGUAAUAUAUGGAGAAGAAAAAAACACAGAGACAGCUUGCCUAUUAGUCUGAGCAGAUAAUGGUAGAUGCCAAAAAUGACCUUCCCUGUUCAGACAAACUGAGUGAGUGCCACUCGACUUGUGGGAUGGAGACCAGCGUCCAGCACAUCGUUUUAUUGGUGUUGCCAAAUAUCUGCAGCUGACUUCUUUGCAUGUUUCUUUGUGUGGUGGUCCAGUCCAUCUUCAAGAAGUAGUUGUGCUUAUCUGUGAAGCCUUAUUAAAUGUGGAAGUUUGUUUUCUGCCUUCCCACAACGGUUCAUACAGUGCCGAAGCAGCUCUGACAGUAGAACUGCAAGGACAUUUACAAAUGCUGUGGCUUUUUUGCUGUGGCUACAUCUGUUCCUUUGUGGGUUCUGUUUUCUUUUAUUUUGGAAGUGAAGAAGACUUCAGCCCCUUGGAAUUAUUAUUUUUUUUUCUUUGCAGCAAAGCAAGUUGGGAGUUCAUAAAAGUAAAUUUGCUGCUCUCCUCUUUUUGUUUCAAAGUUCUGAAUUUUUUGCUCUGUAAAUAUUGGAAGUAUAAUUUGUGCAAUAACUUGGAAUUUUUAAUUUAAUUUCAUAUUGUCACAUAAGUUAUAUUUAAGGGGAAGAGGUUUUUUAAUUUACAGAUCCUUUCCCAGGUUGCAUUAUCUAAGUUGGGUUCAUAGUUUUGGCAGGUUGUCUGAGCAGUGUUACAAACAUGACAUAUGGUAAUAUUUGAGGCUUCUUGAUUCACAAUGAAAGUGCGAUUUGGCUUACGAUUUUAAGAAGGUAUUAAGCUCCAAAGCAUUUUGACCCUGUGUUUUUUAGCUCAUUGUCUGGCCUCUAUCAGUUGUCUUGCUCUGACCAAUGAGUUUUAAUUUUAUUCCUUUAACUAGACAACAAAUCCAGCAUUUGUAGUACCAGAAGUAAAACUUUUGAGAUGGAGGGGGGAAAAAGGUUGGUUCAAGCCCUGAUGUGAAAUUAAAAAGCUGUGAACUACACACUUUGAUGCAUUUUAGUAAGGUAACCUGUUAACGUUUGCGUUCAAACAAAUUAUUAAACAGAGGUACCCGGCUUAAGGAAUGUGGAGAAAGGAAAUAUGUUGAUUCCAUUAAGGAAUCUGUAUAGCAGUAUGCAUUAGUUCUGUUAAGAGCAAAUAUAUAAAAAGUACUUCAGCUGCUCUAAGCAUUACGAGAAGUAUCUUUUAAUGUAUUGCAGGAGAGCACAGCCCAGUGUUGUACACAGAAUGAGUGGCUGGCACUUAAUUUACAGAUGCAUACAGGUAUACUAUGCAAGUGUGUAUUGCCAUGACAAACACUGUCUUUAACUUUUUGAAAAAUGUACAUCCUGCCUAACCCUGAGUUUUUAAAGCGCCACAGUUGUCCUGGGAGUAGGUCACAUCUCAUGCCCUCUGACUUCCUGUUUUUUUUAAUGAGAGUUCUUGAGCUAUACAGAAAACUACAGAUCAGUUAUAUAAGUCCACGAGCAGAGAGAGCUGAAGAAUCCUGUUAACAGGACAUCUAUACUGUGUACAGAUACAGAAGGUUUUAAAACUGAUAUCUGAAUAUUAAAACGAGGUGUCAAGCAUGAAGCUUUUUAAUAUGCUGUAUGCCUUUGAAGCAGAAGUAGUUCAUGUUAUUACUGAAUCUGUCAAACACAAACAGGUCCUUGAGGGGAGAGAGGGCAACAUUCCAAAGUAGAGUAGUGCAUAUCUGUUUGCAAAAAGUUUGUCUUAAUGAUCCAGACUCAUCACAACGUAAAGGAAAAAAAAAAAAGUUUUAAAAAUUGUGAGCUGAUUCAUAAAUAAUAUCUUAAGGGCUGUUACAUGAGCCUGUACUGCUUAGUCUUCACACACUAGCAAUAUUGAGCAUAAAACUACAUUAAAGAGCCUUCAAAGGCUUUAGUUGGUGUCUUAUACUGGCGUCCAUUUUAAAGCAAAACUCAUUUGAAAAGUGGUAUCAUGUAACACUUCAGUCAUGGUGAACCAAAUAAAUUGGCCUGGCUAUCACUGUGGUUAUGUGCUACAGGUUUAAAAAAAUCAUGUUUAAAUUUUUUGUGUGGACAACUAUGUGGAAGCUAAAAUUGACAUAUUUUUAUGUAAAGUUUUCUAUUCUUUGAUUUUUAAUAAACUUUGGAGACCAG